CCACAGAGGCAGCUGAAGUCUAGGCUGAAGAUUUCAGUCAGCUUCAGUCAGCAAACUACCAGACUCCGGGAAAGAACCAGCUCUACUUUCUCUCGAGUAUCUCUGGAGCAACCUGAAGACAGGAGCUUGGCCUCAAGAAGACAGAAGCACCAGGAGACAGGAAGCCACCUCUGAAAGUUAACCUUCAGGAUCAGCAUUCCUGACUGCAGCUGUGCCAUGGAUACAGAAGAGUCUACCCCUAAUGAGCUCCUGCUCAGAGGCAAAAAUGGGCAAGAUCUCCAAGAGAUGUUGAGAGAAGCAGGAUUGGCAGUUGAGUACUGGUUGCCCAAGCUGCAGGAACACCUGGGUGUGACCUGUGCCCAAGCCUUACAACACCUAGAAGAAAAAGAACUCCAGAAGCUGCAAUCCCAGGCACAACAUCCCUGGGAGAAAAGGGCCCUGGAGAAGCUGCUUAACCUGUCAUACUCAAAUACUCUUUCAGAGUUACAGGAGUCUCAGGUGGAAACAAUAAAGAAAAGGCAGAAGCAGGCAGAACAGGCACUGCAGGAGCUAAGAGAGAUGCUGGCAGAAGGGAGGCAGCGACAGGAAGAGGCAGUGAGGAAAAAGGAAGCAGAGCUGAUGCAGGCAAUGGAGAUCCCCAAAGAGUUCUGGCCAUGUCCCGAAAAGUCCCUAAGAGACAUCAUGGAAAACAUGCUGGGACAACUCACACUUAUGGAGGGGACACUGUCUCACAGGAAGAACCUUCCAGAUAGAGAGCUGGUGCGACAUGCAUCUGGAGGACUAGCCCUUCAGGGAAUUUACAAAACCAGUAACCAAAGGGGCCUGAUAGAGAAGAAAGAGGAGCUACUCAGUGUCCCCAAGGAGUUCUCACUCUGUGGCCCUGAGCAGAGUACACGGAUGGAAACAAAGGAAUUUACAUCUUCUCAAAAAGAAUCCAUGUUCACCCAGGCUGUAGAGAAGCUGGGCUUCAGUGUAACUGCCUCAGCAAAGGGUGGAGGUUGGGGAUUUAGCCUGGAAGCUGCUAUGAAUCAGAGCAAACAUUCAGAAUCCAAGGAAACCCAACAGUCACAUUCUAAGCACUCUUACUUCUGCUCAACCAAGUUCAACUACAUCCCACUGGCCUCCUGCCACUUUCCCACUGACCAGCUCCAGUUCUCCAGGGCAGCUCUACAGGAACUGAAAUGCAUUGAAGACCUUUCAGGUCAGCCAGAAGACCCAGACAAACUUCCCUUGCUGAGGCGCAGGACUGAAGCCUUCUUCCACAGGUUUGGUUCUCAUGCUAACCAGGGCCCUCUGCACCUGGGAGGAAUCUACUGGUGGAAAGCCAUUUCAGAGGGCUUCCAAAGUGAGCAGCUGGCAGAAGUGAAACAGCAAGCUGCAGAGGCCCUGGAUAUUUACAUAAGGGGCAGCUACAGUGGCUUUGGAGUGAAUGUUGCUGCAGGUGUGGAUGUGUCAGACUCUCAUUCAAAAACAGCCUCUCAGGGAACAACCUUCCAAAAUCUCCAAACCAAAGUCCAAUUAUCUGUGGCCCAGACAGGUGGCCCACCAGAAGCAAAUGGCCUUUCACAGUGGAAAGCUGGCCUAGUUGCCAAUAAUCAAACCUGGUGUGUCAUUGACCGGGGAAUUCAGCUGGUGCCCGUUUGGGACAUCAUCCUCACCAGCCACCGAAGCGAUUUUAAGGAUCCUUAUCAGGUAGCUAACUGCCUGAAAGACAGCUACACUGCUCUGACUGGUCUUACUGCCCAGAUCCAGGAGGGAGAAGAAUUACUGAGUGUUCAGAAGGAGGCUAGGCUUUUCCUAGAGGAUGUGAAAUCCUGGGAGGUAUCUGAUCCUGAAGAGCAGGUUAAAAAGCUGAUAAAUUUCAUGCAAAGAUUAAGUGAAAAAAUAAAAAGUUAUAACGCUUGGACUAAUAUAUGCCUCACAGACAGGAGUCUGCAGAAUUUUCUGGUAGACACUGUCAACUUCUGCAAACAGUAUUCCAUUUAUGAAACUAAAUUUAUUAAAUCUCAGUUGUGCAGCCUUUUGGAUCCUCACAUCUACAAAGUGACAAACUUUCCUCAGGCUCAUUCCAUCAUGCAGUGGAUAUUUCAGUCAGAACCAGAGGAAGAGAAUGUCAAUAUCACCCAAUUUUCUGAAUUAAUUAAAAUCUUUAAAAAAACCCAGAAUGACCUUAUGGAAGUAAAGGCCAAGUCUGAAUCCACAGAAUCAGUGGAGGAAGCUCAAAGCAAGGUGACUUACGAGGUCAGCUUGUCUCUUGGCUGCUUCUUGAGAUACCUCCAAGAAACGGGGCAGCCAGACACACACAUCUUGCUACUUUUGAUUGCAGCUGGUGCAGGAUAUCAUGUGGUAAACAAUACAUUUCAGUAUCUCCUUGGGUGUGAUGAGUUAGACUUCCUACUGGAUAAAAUGCAAACUGCCCUAGAUAAAUACCAAGAGCUCAAAAAUAUUUGCAACUACAAGGCUCAGGCAUUCCUGGUGCUCACAGGUCUGACAGCUACACUUGGCAUCAAAGUUGCUUCUCCAGAGGAGAAAACAGAACGCUUGGCAUUAGUAAGACGUCACAUGGGACAAUCUUUGUCUAAAGAAGUUGUACAUGUCCUCACCAAACCUGGGGCAGAUCAUGAUUGGGAAAACCUAGAAAAAGACUUGAGAUUGCUCAUUGAUGGGGAUUAUGAGGCCACCGUCUCUUCAUUGCAAAUGGAGGAUGUGAAAAAACAAUUGCAAAGUCUUUUCCAUGGAAAGAAAGAGCCCCAUGAACCACAUGAUAAUGAAAGUAACAAACGGGAGGUCAUAGAAAAUAGAGCCUUCCUAGAAAUACUCCAGCGUCUAGGCCUAGAACAUUACUACCCAAAAACAAUGAGCAGAGCUAACUUCCAUGUGAUCUCCAAGAAUCCUGUGUACAACACCCAGCCCUGCUCUGAAAGAGAGCUUCCCUACUAUUUCCUACAGAAGCUACUGAUGCUGGAUUAUGGGCUGAGAUACCUGAUCAUCAAGGAUGAUGAAUACACAGAGAAGCAAGUCUAUCCAAGCACCUCAAAUCAAGAAAAGGAGGCUUUUGAUCCAUAUGAAGAUCUAUUUGAAGACAGUAAUAGCACCACUAAUCCUUCAGCAGCCACUAAUGCCAGGCCCUACAUUCACCCUAUGGAUAUACAGAUGGCAAUUCUUCACUGUGCAGAUGAUUUUGCCAGACAAUACAUUUUGGCCAAACUUUCCAUUUGUCAGUUUGCCCUUCCCCUUCUCAUACCUAAUCCUUGCAAUGCUCAAAUUGAAUUCUGUCUCUGGUCUCUCAGUCAAAUUAGGAGGAGCUGGCAGCAAGCAGGGAAAUCAAUAAAAGAGGAGAAGGACAAUUACAAAAAUCAGCAGAUGUGUCGUGUCUCUACCCCCAUUGUGUCUUUUAUUAGAGUUGGAAACGGCUUCUCUGCCUCCAAAUCUCAGAUCAUGAACUGUCUUCUCAGUAAAAGGAAACAUGAUGUCUUUUUUCACCGACAUUGCAAAGGGAGCAGCACAGACUGUCUCUUGAUGGGAGGUGUGGUGGAAGUUGCCUGGUUCUGUCCUGGGGGUGAAGAUCAGGACAGGUUUGACAACUGCCUGACCUUCAUCAAUCUUCAUGGAGAUGCAAAGGAACAUGAGAAGCAACUUGCCUUUUUGCAGGAGGUCUCUUCUCUCAUUGUGGUCCUCAUGUCAACUUCUGAUGACAAUAAAGAAACCCGAAAAAUUGUCCGUGACCUGUGUCAGAAAUCAAAAACUUUAAUCUGUUUGCUUGAUGAUAAAGAAAAAACCAUGGCAAAUAACUCUGGCCCAAGAGUGAGAAUUGGGAUCAGAAACAGAAAUGAGGCAGAAUUAAUAGAGGAGCUCAUAACUACAAUCAGACGUUUGUUAGAGCUUUCUGACACUGCACUCAGCUUGGAGAACUGUGCCCAAAUUGCUCGCAAGCAAGGAUUGCUUAUUGAUGAAGACCAGAGAGAAUGCAAGGAAGCCAAAGAAAAGGCAGAGAUUCUAAUGGCCCUACUGGGAGAAAUGGAAAUUCCUCAGAUGAAGGAAAAUUUACUACCCCUUCAGGGAAAACUGUGGCAACUUUGGUGUAAAAAGGACAAAGAACUCUAUCAUCUGAGAGAAAAAGGGAAUCGAAGCAUUGAACAACACAAGAGUGAGAUUGAGACAGAUAAACAAAUGAUACGAUGUCAACAGUUGAGAAAAGCCUUUCCUCUCAACGAUUUAAUGCAUUCUGUCCUUGAAAUUCUCCAAAAUCAUUCAGAAACUGACACCAAACUCUACUUCUUGCAAUGGCUGAGUGUGUUUUUAGACAAUUUGACUGCAGGACACUUGGAAAAACUAAAUGAGAAGAAAAAGGCAUUGUGGUCACUGGUCCAAAAAGAAAAGCAAGAGGCACCAAAGAGCAACUCUCUGAAAGGCUUGCAAAAUGAGAUAGAAGUUAUCUCCAGAGAGAUUAGUGACUGCACCUUGGGAAUUGAGCAACUUCUCAGAGAAGUUGGCCAGAUCUAUGAAGCUCUGGAAGAAGCUUCAUCCAUGAAAGAUACCCUAUUUCUCUCCCUUCCCCACAUUGCUGCAGAUCUGAUGCUAUCUGGUUUUCCCAUUGAGCUGAUGGAUGGGGAUGCUUCUUAUGUGCCCCUGAGGUGGGUGGCAGCUGUUUUUGACAAGGUCUCUGAGAAACUUGGAAACAAACGGCUCUUUGUUCUCUCUGUCCUUGGCCUGCAGAGCUCAGGGAAAUCCACCCUGCUGAAUGCACUUUUUGGGCUGCAGUUCACUGUCAGUGCUGGGAGGUGUACCCGGGGGGCCUACAUGCAGCUUCUGAAGGUGGAGGAGACAUUUGCAAAGGAACUUGGCUUUGACUUUGUGCUUGUUGUGGACACAGAAGGACUUCGAGCCCCAGAACUCAGCAACACGUCCCAGAAUCGUGACAAUGAGUUGGCAACCUUUGUCAUCGGACUUGGAAACUUGACUCUGAUCAAUAUUUUCGGGGAAAAUCCAUCAGAAAUGCAAGAUAUUCUACAAAUAGUUGUCCAAGCUUUUCUGAGGAUGAAACGAGUAAAAAUCUCUCCUAGUUGCCUCUUUGUUCAUCAGAAUGUGGGAGAAGUUACAGCUAAAGACCAAACUAUGGAAGGACGAAGGCGGCUAGAGCAGAGACUGGACGAAAUGGCAGCAACAGCAGCUGAAGAAGAGCAGUGCUCAGAUGUAACCCACUUUCGCGAUGUCAUUAAGUUUGAUGUUAAUACCCACGUCUACUACUUUGCUCACCUCUGGGAUGGCAAUCCCCCAAUGGCCCCUCCCAAUCCUCGUUAUAGCCACAAUGUCCAAGAACUGAAAAGCAGAAUUCUUGUGACUGCCCAACAGGAAUCUAGGGGAAGCAUCAUGAAGAUAUCAGAUGUAAAAUUCCGAGUUCAAGAUUUGUGGAGGGCCCUAUUGAAUGAAAACUUUAUUUUCAGUUUCAGGAAUACCCGAGAGGUCAUGGCCAUGAGCAAACUGGAAACCAUGUAUAACUACUGGACAUGGGAGUUGAGGAGUCAUGUGCUGAGCAUACAGGACCAGCUGAUCAACCAGAUUCAGAAUGAAAAAAUACAGACACUCGAAACACACACAAUUGAGGCUCCAGUUACAGAGAAAUAUGAAGCCAUCAUGCAAGAACUUGAAAAAUAUUUUAAUGAAGACCCAGAUAGUGAAGUGCUGGUACAGUGGAAAGGAAAUUUUGAAAAUAAGCUAAUAAUCCUUAAAGAGGCAUUCAUUUUAGACAGCCAAAGAAAAGCCAAAGAACUUCUUAGUUUUAAAAAGAAUCAAGAAAAACUGCAUAACAAAAAAUCAGGUUAUGAAAAGGAAUUAUUGGAAAAAAGCCGAGAGUUGGCUUUAACUGUAAAGGGCACCCAAUUGAGUGAGGAAGAGCUACAUAAGAAAUUCAACCCACUUUGGAAAAAAUGGGUCUAUGAUUUGUCCUCAACUCACCCUCCAAUCACAGAGCCUAAAAUUGAAGUGGAUUCUGAAAACAUCCUUUUGGAUUAUUUCAAAAAGGAGAAAGACAUGGCAAGCAUACUGAAGAAAAAUUCUGGAGAAAAGUUUGAAAUCAAAUAUGACAAACAUAUCAAAAUGAACAAGAAAUAUUUGAACUUAGUUACAAUGACAUUAGAGGCCCAGGAUAAGGAGUCCAUAAAUAUGACUACUAACCGCAUUGUUUCAAAAGUUAACGAAACUAUUAACAACAUUUGUAGGCAAAAGCAUGAUUACAAUCCAAAUUAUUUCUAUGAAAUCCUGAGAAUAAUAGAUGAGGAGGUGAAAUCUGCACCCACUAAGGAAAGAUACACAUUUACAAGAAAAUAUGAAAUAGACUUAUCCUUGUGUUUAUUCCAAAGAGCAUCAAUGAAGUUUCAUGAUAUGCACAAGGCAUUCAAGAGAGCAAAUGAUCCUGUAAACUAUCUGGAAAGCAAGAAAGAUGAUUUCUUCAUGAGUUUUAAGAUCUCUUGUCAGGGAGCAACCUCAAUUAAAACAUUUGUUGAUUUUCUGUGGCACAAACUCACCACUGCUGUCUCCAACACCAUAAAGAAAAACAUGGCCCGCAAAAUUGCCGGGGACAUGCAAGCCACCUGCCCGGCAUUCAAUGGAAAUAGGGCUAACCUGGAGAAACACAUUCUCAUCUCUCUGGCAGAAGAGGAAAAUUUUGAUAAUUAUUGGCAGUACCUUCAUAAUCCGGAAUCAUUUUUUAAGAAUUACAUUGAAAACCACAUUAAAAGAUAUUGUUCUGACAAAGGAAGUGAAAAAAUGAAGACAUUUUUAAAAAUAAGUUCAGAUGAAAUCAAGAAUGCCAUCCUCUCAGCUAUUCAGGCAUCCACAGCAGUAGCUAAAGAUAAAAGCAGCACUGUGUCUGGGUGGUUGGAUUUGUUCUGUGAUCACCUGGGGAGUAACUUGAUCUUUCCACGAAAAGACCUGAUAAGCAUUGAACACCAGGAGAUAAAAGAUAUUGACUUUCUCAAAGAAGCCAUGAGUAAAGCUUUGGAUCCUGAAAUGAAGAGAGUAGAAGAGAAUGACUUGUAUAUGCUUAUAGAAGAAAUCGUUCCUGAAAUCCAGAAAAUGAUCGCUGAACAUCUCUCUGGCUGCUGGAAACAGUGUCCCUGCUGUAGAGCAAUUUGUACAAACACAAUCCCUACGCAUGAUGGAGACCACAGUGUUCCCUUCCAUCGUCCACAGGCUGUCAGUGGAGUAUGUUGGUACACAACAGACCAUUUUGUCAUUGAUUGCUGUACCAGUUUGGUAGCAAGUGAUUGCUUUUUGGUUUUCGGAGAUGGCAGGGAAGUCCCAUAUAAGAACUAUCGACAGGCAGGAGGGGAAUAUGCCAGGUGGAGUAUCACCCCAGACACAUCCACCCAGCCAUACUGGAAAUGGUUUGUCUGUCACUUCAGAUUAAAGCUACAAGAAAAAUAUCUCAAAAGAUUUAUAGAUAAAGGUAAAAUUCCUGAUGCAUGGAACAAAAUCAAGAAACAGGAUGUGCUUAAUGACUUGAAAAAAAAUUAAUACUCAAUGACCACAAAACAGCCCCAGUAUCUGAACAAAGGAGGCACAUUACCUGAGGAAGCCUAAAAUAUCACCCAAUCAUAAGGAAAACCUCCCUUAUAUCAAUUUUUUCAAUUGAAACAUCUAAAAUUAAAUCAGUUAACAGCAAGAGUUGAAGACUUGCUGAGAAAGAACUUCAUUUUUCUUUGCCUCAAUUCCUUUUGCUUUAAAAACAGAUUACUAAAAUAUAUGAGUACAUGAUAAAAUUUUUAAAAAUCCAUUUAAAAUACCUACUUCAUAUUUUAAACUAUCAUUCUGAAUGUUAUUUUUUAUUUUUAAAUAUAUAAUGUUAUUUAAAGUCACAAGAAAGUCAUUUUCAUAGAGGGAAGUUAAAAUCAUUGCAGACUGCCACAAAUUCUAUAGAAUAACUACAUAGUUUAACCAAUAUACAGUUCUUGACUGGAAUCUACAAAUUCUUUUCAUUUCUAAGUGUAUUUUUUUUACCCUCAGAAAUUUGUGAGGAAGAGUUAUUAAUGCUUGAAUGCAAAAACAUUCAUGGAAAAUUCAUGAUUCCCAAUCCCAAAUAUAGUGCUUUUAAGGGAUAUCCUGUUAUAGGAAAUGAAAAAAAAAAAACAAACCAGAAACUUGACCAGGAUAGAGCCUGCAUCAAUUCUGGAAACAUUAUUCAAAAAUAUGGAAAAUAGAAGUUAAAUAACUUUUUCUUAUUUAACCAUCAUCCUCUUCUUCCCUGGUGCCUUGGCACUUGCCUGUGCAUGUUUUUUAAAAAAAGGAAAAGAAAAAAUUCACAGGAGCUUAGGUAUUCAAAGCCUAGAGCUAUGUACAAGUCUGAGAAGGACUUGUUAAUGGAACAAGAUUUAUGACCAGGUAAAAAGGGCCAUUUUAAUCAAGGCUAUGGACAAGGUCAAAUUUGAUUAAGCCAUGAUCAUUUAAUCAUUAAUGAUUUAAAAAAACUA